AUCAGGUUGAAGUCAAUGGCACAUGCCCAGCCAGCCCUCUCUGACCUUCAGCCAGGCUGCAAAUACAGUGAUCAGAGUGCACCUCACCCCAGAUCUGUGCUACAUGACUGGUUGCUGCUGCUGCUGCUGCUGGCAAGUUCUUUGGUUGGUUGGUUGGCUGGCUGGUUGGUAAUAUUUCACGGCUUCAGUUGUCUGCUAGGAUCUCACACUAUGGGCAUUGUCAGGGGGCUUGUCUUCAUCUUGUUCAUUUAUCACAUAAGUGACGCAAAGAGGCUUUUGGUGAACAAAACUGACACAAAAGACAAAUCUCAACCAAUUCUGAAACAAAAAGUUCAUUAUGUCCCAAAAUCCAACUUCCGCUUGUACACCAGCGGUGAUGCCAUGGAUGAUACCUGUAUGAUCCUGCCCUUCGACUCAGGGACCCUGGACCGGUGCAGCUUCAACAGCACUGCCCCCCUGAUCAUCAUUGUUCACGGAUGGUCGGUGGAUGGGAUGCUGGAGAGCUGGGUGACGAACCUGGCAGCGGCCCUGAAGUCAAAGCUGAGGUACAGCAACGUGGUCAUCGCUGAUUGGCUCUCCCUCGCUCAUCAGCACUAUGCAAUAGCAGUACAGAACACACGGCUGGUCGGCCAGGAGAUCGCAGACUUGUUGGAAUGGCUGGAGGAGUCCCACCAGUUUUCUACAGAGAAUGUUCAUUUGAUCGGGUACAGUCUUGGCGCGCAUGUCUCAGGAUUUGCUGGUAGUUAUGUCAGCGGCUCCAGGAACAUUGGAAGAAUUACAGGCCUGGACCCUGCAGGUCCACUAUUCGAAGGAAUGUCCUACACUGACCGGCUGUCUCCUGAUGAUGCCAACUUUGUUGAUGCCAUUCACACCUUCACGCAGCAACACAUGGGUCUGAGUGUGGGGAUCAAGCAGCCGGUCGCCCAUUAUGACUUCUACCCGAACGGAGGCACCUUCCAACCUGGCUGUCACAUCAAGAAUUUGUAUGAUCACUUGUCUCAAUAUGGACUGUCAGGUUUUCAACAGAAUGUGAAAUGUGCACACGAGAGAUCUGUGCACCUCUUUAUUGACUCUCUGUUGAACGAUGACAAGCAGAGUGUGGCCUACUGGUGCAAUGACAACAACUCCUUUGACAAGGGCAUCUGCCUGGACUGCCGCAAGAACCGCUGCAACACGCUGGGCUACAACAUCAAGAAGGUCCGAACCGGAACCAGCAAAAGACUGUAUCUAAAGACACGCUCCCACAUGCCUUACAAAGUCUAUCACUACCAGUUCAAGAUCCAGUUCAUCAACCAAAUUGCACAGCUGGAACCCAUGCUUACUAUAUCUCUGAUGGGUACAAAAGAAGAUGUUCAAAACUUGCCAAUCACUCUAGUUGAGGAAAUAACUGGCAACAAAACCUACACUUUCCUAAUCACCCUGGACACAGACAUCGGUGACCUGAUGGUUCUCAAGUUUAAAUGGGAAGGCUCUGCAGUUUGGGCCAACAUCUGGAACAAGGUCCAGACUAUCAUGCCUUGGAGAAAAGGAAGGAAGGGCCCAGAGCUCACUGUGGGGAGAAUCCGGGUCAAGGCUGGAGAGACACAGAAAAAAACCUCAUUCUGCUCUCAGAGCGACGACAGCACGCACAUACUGCCGGCUCAAGAGAAAACCUUUGUGAGAUGCGAGAGAAACAGCAACAAGGGGAAGAAGAAAAUCACACUCGCAUGAUGAAACCGACUGGUCUGUUACACUUGGUGACUGGGAAAUAUUACAAUUAAAACUUAUGGAACUCCUUUUAUUAUUAUUAUAAUAAAGGUUACUGAUACUUCUCGGGGCAUUCUGUUUUAUGAUAUACAUGUAUUUUGUGGAUAGUUAUAUGUCGAGGUUCUCUGACAAUAGCUGAAACAGAUUUGGCUGAACAUUCUCAAGGCUGGCUGCUCGUGGAUUGCCCAGUCCAAGUUCUCUCAUCAGUUCAUUCGCUUUUCAUAGAUGCAGGUGUCUUCUUCCUCGCCUGCAGGCUUUGAUCCGCCAUGCCCUUCCAAAGAAUCGUUAUCUGUUCUGGCUACUGCUACACACCCCAUAUACAAGUGCAUUAUUAUAGAACUGCUCUGAAUCUAGCAAUUCUUUGAUUCCAGUUAACUUGGAUGUUGUCUAGAAUGGUGUAAAAUGUUUACACAAUCUAUCCUAAUUUUUGUCCUGUAAUUCAGCAAUGUUCUGCAGCAGGAGCAAUUUUCAAAGCCUUUAUAUGUCAUUGGGGUCAUUCCUGCUGGUCUUUUAAAUGUGAUGCUGCUGUUCUAGAGAAAUAGGAGACCCAAACCCUUACAAUCAGAGUGUGCUACUCAACAACAAUUGAAGGAGGAUCGAACUCCAUCUUCAAUGAAAUGUUAAUGAUGAGCUUUAAGAAAAAAUAUAAAAGCUCAGAGUUCUCCUUUAAAGAAAUGUUUUUUUUAAAAGACAUAUACCUAUAUGUAUUGCAGUAUUAGAAAUACUAUGCCCAAUAAAGUUUUUUUUAUUGAAA